AUGCUCAACGCGGACAUUUUCCUCAAAGGGUUCACUCACGAGACCUACUUUGUGAACACCUUGCACGAACUGCGUGUUUACGAAAAAGAUCCUGCAGCACAAAUCCGCACUUAUCUCAGAGUGUGGAUUGAACCAAGUGCUGUGGACGUCUCACAGCAAGAAGAGGAAGACUGGGCAGUCAUGAACCUCCACAAGGUGUCAUGGGUUGUCAAAAUCCAUCCAGAAGAAGCUUCCAGGAGACUCCAAGGAUGGGCACGUCGCUAUGCCGCAGAUACAGUGCCUAGUCUUAUCAAAGGCAAUGCUUCGCAUCCCUACUCCCAACUGCAUCGAGCAGCUCUUGGGCAAGCCUUAGCCUUCUUCAUUCACGACCAGGGAGGCAGGCUCCAGUAUGAUACCAUGCGAAAUGAGCAAAAACGCCGUGCAGAUUCCCUGCGUGCUCAUUUGGAUCAAGUAGCCAGGCCCAUCCUUUUUGAAGGCCUGGAGAAAGCCAUUCACGUGGUAGAGGCCCAGGGGAUCCAAAUGAUUCUGGCACCAACUGAAAAGGCCUACCGCAAGGUUGAAGAUGACAUCGUGGAGAUGCCCUUGGUGGACAUGCUUGCGAUUUAUGGAGCGGAUGAUAGUGCCGUGACAAAAACCAUCAGAUCAACUAUCAGUGGCGGCGUCAGCUUUCCAAGCAUGCCGCCGAUCCGCUUGCAAUCUUCACCAGCACCUCCAACACCUCCACCAGAAGCGGGCUUUUGCCCUUGGCCUUGGAACUUGACUCGGCCCAUCACACCGCGCCCUUUGAAGUUCUCCUUUGUGGCCUGCCGACGAGUUUUUGAGUGCGGAAAGAGCCGCUAUGGUUUGCGAUAUUUUACGAUAUUGACCUAG